UAGUUGCAGCAACUUUUGAUGAAAAAGGCUUGAUCGUAUAUUUGACGAAGAAAUUUAUGUUAUCACCACAACAUCACCAUGGGAACGUCAUUGACGUCAUGAUUGACGUCAACUUUCUCCGAUUAGUGGAUGUGAACGAAGAGCUCCAAAACAUUGAAGUUUUUCUCCAAAUAGAACAGUGGUGGACAAACCCUCAUUUAACAUGGAAUCCUGCUGAUUAUGGAGGAUUGGAAGUCUUACUUCUGCCAUCCGACCAACUGUGGCAACCCGACACAGUCAUACUUAAUAGCAUUCUUCCUGAUGGGAAGAUAAAUCCUCCCUUAUCAUACAUUAAAACCUAUACGAGGCUGUUUCAUAAUGGAAGUUGCUAUUGGAACAGUCAUCUCGUGAUUGAUAAUGAUUGCAAUAUUAACCUGAAGAGAUUCCCCUACGAUAAGCAUCAAUGCAGUAUUCAGAUAACAUCUCGAUAUCACGACAUUCGACAACUUAGGUACGACUUUCCUCAACACGAAGAAUCCAACGAUAUCAAUCUUGUGAAUAAGGAAUGGAUAUUGACGGUGAAGAAUGUUAUAGAAAAAAACGUAACCCUUCAAUGCUGUCAUUAUCCCGUAUCUUCAAUAAUCCUCCCUUUAAAAAUAAAAAGAAAAUCUCUUGCAUAUUUCGUGAAUUUAUUUAUACCUUGCAUAAUCCUUUCUAUUUUGAUGGUACUGGCAUUUGUCAUCCCGCCAUUUUCAGGCGAUCGACACAACCACAGCCUAACAAUUUUAUUCACCGUGAUUGUUUUCCAACAAUUAACCAUGGACACACUCCCACCAUAUGCUUUUCCAUAUCUGUCAGAGUUAUACUUUUUAACCACCAUACUCGCCUUUGUCAGCCUCUUGAUAACAACCUUAACUAUAAAUUUGUAUUACAGAAAAGGGCGUACGGUUCCAUGUUUUCUUCACGUGAUCAUCCUGGACUGGAUUGGUGCUGUCGUUUACAUGACAAAGAAGCGUUAUAAUUACGCAACAGGUAAGCACGAUCUUGAUCACAUGACCAUAAGGUGCAGUUUUGAUACAGCAGCGCAUAAUACUUGUAAGGAAACCGAAGAUGGUGAAUCAAUUGUUAUUGAUAUGGCGCCUUAUAAUCAUUUCUCUUUUAAAUCUCACGCUUUCGUGGACAAAUCCAACAGAGACUUUCUUCACAUCAGGAAUGCAGAUAAGGAUGAAGCAAUCAAAAAUAUAGCAGAGAAAAAGGAUGGAUUGUCGAAAGAAGAGAACCUAAAAGAAGCACGAGAGGAAAUCGAAAGUUUAGAAGUGAAAGCUGUUGUGCGAGCUAUAGAUCGUUUGUUUUUUACCACGUACAUGAUCGUAGUUUCUGGAUAUUUGCUCGGUACUGGUUACUCUAUUUUGUUUUAGAACUAUAUACAAAAAGGGCGUUUGACUGUACAAGCUGUUUAGCUUGCAGAAAAUUAUAGACAUCAGCAACUAUUUUUUAUCGCGAGUUUAAUUAUUCUAUUUAGGUUUUUGUUAUAUGAAAUAAACAAUAAAUAGGUUUUGUCAAGUCUUCAUUACAUUAAGCUUGCUCCCUAUUAGAAAAAACUACUUUGGUUUGUGUGGAAUCACGUAAAUGAUUCAACGCUCACGCCUGAAUAACGCCCAGGGUAAGUACAAUAUGCUAUCCACAAUGCGUUCACGGAAUUUAUCGACUUCGAAUAGUUAGGUUCAAACAUGUUCAAAGAACCAAUAGCACAGUAUUUAAGUUAAAAAGUUAUAAAAAAAAUGGAUUGCAAAAAAGGAAGAAGCUUCUGCGAGUCCAAAAAUCGCGAAUUAAAAGAAAUAACUUUUGAGAAUGACCUCUUUUAAAUUUUUUCAAAAAAUAACUAGCAGACGAUCUUAGAAAUGUGAAGGAAACUUUCCUCCAAGAUUUUAAUAAUAAUUUGCUCAAGAGGGCUUCAAAUAGCGUGUAAAGCUACCAUAAGUUAAUAAGAUGUUUUUUGAUGUUAUGUAGAACCUACCAUUUUGAAAUCCGUGAAACACGCUGAAUUGUCUAUCAACUCAAAGCAAAAAGAAAGAAAGAACUUGUUUACACCCCUCUUUAUAACAAUAUGCUUAAUAAGAAUAUGAGGCAGGGAUUUACUUAAAUCAAGAAUAUCUUGGAUAAAUAAUUAUCAGGAUGAUUUUUCAAGAAAUACAAAUAAAAACUACUUGUUAUUAUUUAGCUUUCAAUGAAACAUAAAGCGUGUUAACCUUUUUGAUUCCUACGUCUUUGUCUGUGCCUUCUUCUUAUUUUGCCUUCUU